CCAACCGCCGUAAAAAGUAAAGAAUAAGAAGACGACGGAAAGGAAGAAGAAGAAGUAGUAGUAGAAGAAGAAGAAGAAAAAAAUAAUCUGUGGUUUUGACGGGCCUUAUUGGCGUUUACAAUUUGUCUUUGUACCGUUCAGGGAUAUAGUCAUUAUGCCAACAAUUAAGCUGCAAAGCUCAGACGGAGAGAUGUUUGAAGUGGACGUUGAAAUCGCCAAACAGUCUGUAACUAUAAAGACAAUGUUGGAAGAUUUAGGCAUGGAUGAUGAAGGGGAUGAUGAUCCCGUCCCUCUUCCAAAUGUGAAUGCGGCCAUCCUCAAAAAGGUAAUUCAGUGGUGCACGCAUCACAAAGAUGACCCCCCACCCCCUGAGGAUGAUGAGAACAAAGAGAAGAGGACAGAUGACAUCCCUGUGUGGGAUCAGGAGUUUCUCAAAGUGGACCAGGGCACACUCUUUGAGCUCAUUCUGGCUGCAAAUUAUUUGGACAUCAAAGGUUUGCUAGAUGUCACCUGCAAAACAGUUGCAAAUAUGAUUAAAGGUAAAACCCCAGAAGAAAUCAGGAAGACGUUCAACAUUAAAAAUGACUUCACAGAGGAAGAGGAAGCUCAGGUACGCAAGGAGAACCAGUGGUGUGAAGAGAAAUAAAGUUCAUCCAGACAAUGUCACACUGCAAGGACUGUAAGGAUGUUCCCAAAAACACAUUUACUGGUUGCACUGCGCUAGUCAUACUUGCUGAUAUUUACCAGUAGACCAGUAGAAUUAGACCUUUUGUGUAUUGAUGGCAUGAUCUUCAUUGCUUGUCUAGUGAAAAGAGAAUUAUAAUUUAAGUGGUAUCUGUUUUUAAUCUUUCUUUGUAUAUUCAGCAGAAAUAAAUAAUCUCUUCACCUCUCCCAAGUAAAAGCCCUUUACUUUUUUUUUUUUAAUUUGUUUUAAACUGUCAUCAGGAAACCAAGUACAAUUUUGACUAUUAUUUGAAACCUGAGCAUUUUUAGGAAAGCAGAUUUGUUUAUUUAGGCUUCUCAUAAUUCAGGUAUAGAAAGGUGGAGGAAAUUUGAUGGGUGACUAAAAUUUUCAGCUUGACCUAUGGAUUGAAAGUACUUGUUUAAUGAGUUAAAUGUGUUCUCUUGGAGCAUGGCUAUACAUGUUGCCUCUUAACAUUGUAAAAUAUGAAAUACCAUUUCUUAGUUCUAUUCUGAUGACAAAGCAUAGAAUUAUCUUUUAGUUCAGAAAAUAAAAACAACAAAAUGUG